AUGGCCCGAAGACACGGUCAGGCUCAGCGCUUGUUUAAUGAUAGCCUAAGACGCUACCUGGAGUUGGGAGCAUCUGGCCAGCCUGUGAAUCGACUUGAGCUACUUUUGCCCCAUGUUCAAUUCAAUGAAAAUGGCGAAGUGAUCCUCUUGCCUGGAGAGAUUUUCUGUCGAAUCCGGGAUGACAAUAACGACAUUUGUCCGUUUGUAGUUGAUUACCGCCGCCGUCACGGAAAAGGCGGCAUAAGAUACCAUUAUAGAUAUGCUCAUAACCUACCGGCCGAGAAGAGAAAGCUAACCCACAGGUACAAUCACUUCUUAGAAAAGGCCGCGCGAUGGUAUGAUGAAGUGGUCAGAGCCAAGAUGCCGCUCUGGCUCCCUCGUGAUGCAACCGACUCACCUAUAUUGCACAUCUCAUUUCCUUUGUUCCUAGACGACGAAGCCAAUGAAGAGAGCAAUCAAGAUGGCAACAGCUGA